UAGAACCGAUACACCCGCUGGAUCUUUCGCAUGGAAAGUGCCCUCCCACGAAGCCACGAUACGGAGCCAUACCCCUCCGAUUUCGGCGCCGUGGUGUGUGUGACCUGUGUUGAGCUGUUUUCUGGCGGAGUGUGAAAUGGUGGAUUUCCCGGAAGGGUUGCGACGGCUCGCUGGUCUCCUACUCAAGUGCUGCGAUCUUGACAUACCAAAUCGGCCCAAGGGCCUUGAGGAUCCUGAGCGUCUGGCAAGGGAAACAGUUUUUAGCGUAAAUGAGAUUGAGGCAUUAUAUGAAUUGUUCAAGAAGAUUAGUAGUGCCGUGGUUGAUGAUGGUGUGAUUAAUAAGGAAGAAUUCCAACUGGCGCUGUUUAAGACUAACAGGAAAGAUAGCAUGUUUGCUGACCGGGUGUUUGAUUUGUUCGACACGAAGCACAAUGGGAUUCUCGAAUUUGAAGAAUUUGUGCGAGCUCUUUCUGUAUUCCAUCCUAAUGCACCAGUUGAUGACAAAAUUGAUUUUGCUUUCAAACUGUAUGAUCUCAAACAACAAGGUUUCAUUGAAAAACAAGAGGUGAAGCAAAUGGUGGUUGCCACACUUGCUGAAUCAGGAAUGAACCUAUCUGAUGAGGUUAUAGAGGGUAUUAUCGACAAGACAUUUGAGGAAGCAGAUACAAAGCAUGAUGGCAAAAUCGACAAGGAGGAAUGGCGCAAUCUUGUCUUGAGGCAUCCAUCUUUGUUGAAGAAUAUGACACUCCCAUAUCUAAGGGAUAUUACCACAACAUUUCCAAGCUUUGUCUUCAACUCUCAGGUCGAGGAUGCUUGAGAAUCCAGUUUCUAGGUUACCACUGAAGCUUGUGAGAGGCCACGGCAGACCAUGUCGUAGGUGGACCUUGUGUAUUUUUAUUUGUUUAUUCCUUUUUGGUGAUAUCCUUGUGCUUGGAACAAUUCUUGUAAUUUUUUCACUUCUUCAAAAUGUGAAUUCCCAUCAAUCUCCUCGUGUGAGGGUUCUUCUUUUGUAUAUACCUGAGUAUAAACUAGAAUUAAUUGUUCCUUAUGUAUAAACGCUCUUCAGAUACCCAGUUGCCUGUGCGAGUAGCAACUGAAAAGCACUAGUUAUAUCCAUAUUUUUAUAGUUUUACUGUUUCGUUCA